AUUUUGAACCAAGCAAAAAAAAGAAAGUUAAAGUGUUACUCAAACUCAGAGGAAGACUGAUUACUCCAUCCUCUCAGUAACUAAUAACCAUGCCGAGCUGAAGAAGAAGAAGAAAACAGGAGUACUUGUUCGUCUGCUACGUCUCACUUGAACCGGCGGAGUAGACACCUCUAUACAUUCCCUUACUCUCAGGUUUCCACCGUCCCAAGGGCGGAGUACGGAUAAAAUUCGUGCCAGGGCUCUCACACUACAACCACACACUCAACGACUGGACCAAAUGCUAGCAAACCCUACCUUCCAUGGCCGGCCUCUGCAAUUCACUCCCACCGCAGCUCGCCACACGUUAUUUCCCCUGCAACUCCCACCGUCCUUCAUUUCCGGUAGAAGAGCCCCUGCCAGAAGAAGGAAUUGUCGCAAAGUCUGCUAUCAGUUGCCUGUUUUAGCUACUUCUGGCGCAGCCGCUUUUGCAGCUGCUCCGCCCCACCCUUAUUCAAUCAAAAUCCCCGUUGGAGAUCGCUUUAUAACGGUAGAGACAGGCCGUAUGGGCAGGCAAGCUAGUGGAGCAGUUACAGUAACAGACGGAGAAACUAUUAUAUACACAACUGUAUGCGUUGCUGAUGAUCCAAGCGAGCCUUCCGAUUUCUUCCCUCUAUUCGUUCAAUACCAAGAAAGAUUUUCAGCAGCUGGUCGCACCAGUGGAGGAUUUUUCAAACGAGAAGGGAGAGCAAAGGAUCACGAGGUUCAUAUCUGUAGAUUGAUAGAUAGGCCUCUGCGGCCAACUAUGCUUAAGGGAUUCUACCAUGAAACUCAAGUGCUUUCUUGGGUGUUAAGUUAUGAUGGUUUGCAUUCCCCUGAUUCUUUGGCACUGACGGCUGCUGGAAUUGCUGUGGCCCUAUCAGAAGUACCAAACUCAAAGGCCAUUGCUGGAGUUCGGAUUGGUCUUAUUGGUGACAAGUUCAUUAUAAAUCCAACCACGACAGAGAUGGAUGAAUCAAAGUUGGAUUUGUUACUGGCUGGCACAGAUAAUGCGAUAUUAAUGAUUGAGGGAUACUGUGAUUUUCUUCCAGAGGAAACAUUGCUUGAAGCUGUACAAGUCGGACAGAAUGCUGUACAGGCCAUAUGUAAGGAGGUUGAAGCUCUAGUGGAGAAAUGUGGAAAGCCAAAGAUGUUUGAUGCAAUCAAGUUACCUCCUCCGGAACUCUAUAAUUUAGUCGAAGAAAUUGCUGGUCCUGAAUUAUCAGAACUUUUACAAAUAAAAAAUAAGAUUCCUAGAAGGAAAGCAUUAGCAUUACUAGAGAGUGAGGUUACAAGUAUACUUUCAGAAAAGGGAUAUGUCAGGAAGAUAGAAGAACAUGUACCCAAUGAACAUUCACUAGAGUCAUUGGAAGAUGAGGAUGAAGAAGUUAUCGUUGAUGGCGAAGUUGAUGAAGGUGAUGUUCACAUAAAGCCGGUUGGAAAGAAAUAUGUUCCCUUGCUAUUUUCCGAGGUAGACGUGAAGCUGGUAUUUAAAGAGAUCACAUCCAAAUUUUUGCGCAAGCGGAUUGUGGAGGGUGGAAAAAGAAGUGAUGGAAGAACUCUUCACGAGCUACGACCAAUCAAUUCAUGUUGUGGACUACUUCCCAGAGCACAUGGAAGUGCCCUUUUUACUCGAGGUGAAACACAGUCUUUAGCUGUGGUUACACUUGGUGAUAGACAAAUGGCACAAAGGAUAGAUAACAUUGUUGAUGAAGAUGAAUUUAAGAGGUUCUAUCUGCAGUACUCUUUUCCUCCCUCAUGUGUUGGUGAAGUUGGACGGGCAGGAGCACCAUCUAGAAGGGAGAUAGGUCACGGGAUGCUGGCAGAGAGAUCACUAGAACCCAUACUGCCUUCUUGCGAUGACUUUCCUUACACAAUACGUGUUGAGAGUACUAUAACUGAAAGCAAUGGCUCAUCGAGUAUGGCAUCUGUAUGUGGAGGGUGCUUAGCAUUGCAGGAUGCUGGUGUUCCUUUGAAGUGCUCUAUCGCUGGUAUAGCUAUGGGUAUGGUUUUGGACACUAAAGAAUUUGGGGGCAAUGGAACUCCCCUAAUUCUUUCUGACAUCACAGGAUCCGAGGAUGCAUCAGGCGAUAUGGAUUUUAAGGUUGCUGGUAAUGAUGAUGGAAUAACUGCAUUCCAAAUGGACAUAAAGGUAGUAGGAAUUACAUUACCAAUCAUGAAACAAGCUCUCUUACAAGCAAAAGACGGUCGUAAAAAGAUCCUCGCUGAGAUGUUGAAAUGCUCACCACCUCCUUCAAAGAUGCUCUCGAAAUAUGCUCCAAUAAUCCAUGUGAUGAAGAUCAAACCCGAGAAAUUGAAUCUUAUCAUUGGUUCUGGUGGAAAAAAAGUGAGGAGCAUUAUUGAGGAAACCAAGGUUGAAGAUAUAGAGACACAAGGCGAUGGAGUUGUGAAGAUAACCGCAAAGGAUUUGAAGACUUUAGAAAAAGCUAAAGCCAUUAUUGGUAAUCUCACGAUGGUUCCAACAGUUGGUGACAUAUACAGGAAUUGUAAGAUAAAAUCAGUUCUUCCUUAUGGAGUUUUCGUAGAGAUUGCCCCUGGCCGUGAGGGACUGUGUCAUGUCAGUGAAUUGAGUGCAGAUUGGGUGUCUAAAGCAGAGGAUGCUGUUAAAGUAGGAGAGCAUAUUGAUGUCAAGCUUAUUGAGAUCAAUGAGAAAGGACAGCUUAGGUUAAGCCGUCGUGCAUUGUUGCCCAAUCCUAAUCCGGAGAAACCCACUGCAAAGCAACAUGCCCCCGCCGGCCUUCCAAAGGACAAAGCUGUACUACAGAAAUCUUCCAAAGACAACAAUUUUGUUCCAGAACCACACAAAGAAUUGGUCAGUCCCUUGAAUGAUGGGAAAGUUACUGACAAAGAAAAACCAACAAAGGGAAGUACGAAUACUACGAAAUCUGUCACUAACCUUCCAAGCAAAUGUUGAGGAGCACAAGUGAAGGGAGAUUCCAAAUGUUGGAUAUCAUCUGACCUGUGUUUCGCCCCGGUUUUCUAACUCUUGGCAGAUAUGGUUCUCCCUCCCGGCAAACAGAGCUGGUUGAUCAUUGCUCUUUGGAUCCAUUGCAAAUCCCAAUUAAGCAGAGCUGCAUUCAUGGAAAAGGGGAUAGUGAAUGGGGAAUCCAUUCUCUAUAUUUGCUCAGCAAUUUUCAUCAUUUAUUAGAGGGAGAGAAGGGUCAAAAGGCAGAUGUUGUGUUUGAGCUGUUCGUCUUACUAUUGCUAAUUCUCAUUGCGAAUUUUAAAUUUAUUUGAUUCUUUCACUGGAAAACUAGAAACAUAAAUUUUUUGGUGGUAUACAUUUUGUUUUUGCAGAGUUUGAUUACAAUAUAUUGAAUUACAUUGCGGGGAUAAAUGUUAAUGAAGAUAGAGACAUUAC